CCGUCAACACUCGCCUCGUUCAGGGCCCGAGCACGCGCUCCGGGCGCCCUGUUUCUCCGGGAGACCGCCUCGGCAGGGGCGGGAGCAAGAAGAAACGCGGAGGCGGGCUGCUGGCUGCCGGGCUCGUGCGCGCACAGCGGCGGCGCGUGUGGCACCACGUCAGAGCUGAGCUUUACGCUCGCAGACGUGCUCGCGCUGCGUCGGGGUAAGACUUCAGUACCGGGACGGUAUGCGCGCGGAUCCGGUGAGGAGGCAGGUCGGGUGAAUGGCCCCGCUAUGGAGGAAGUGCCGGUUUCUCGAGUCCACGCGCGGCGCAGAAAGAGGCGCCUGGGUAGGACGCCGCUUGCGGGGAUUCCUUGCGAGGACGAGUUUCAGUGCAAGGAGCUCGAGAACCUUUUCCAGAAGUACAACCUGAAACUCGAGCAGACCGCAACGCUGAAAGCGCUAGCCGUGCUCAUCCUCGCCGCGUCUGCGCUCGCGCUGGUUGAGCUGCUGUCCGCUGGUUCGCGCUUCACCGUCUCCAAGGGCUCGCACCCGGUGCACUGCGUCAUCUUCACCUCGCUCUUCAUCGUCACCAACGUCAAGUAUCUGCAGGUGACGCAGCUGCAACAGAUCGCCCGGCUCGCGCUGCUCUUCAGCUUCACAUUCGCGCUGCUCUGUUGCCCGUUUCCGCUCGCGCUCGGGCCUGGCACGCAGCACGGCGCGCACGGCGCACGUGGACCCGACGCAUCCGCUGCCGCACCUGAGCAAGGUGUGUGGCAGCUCAUGCUCGUCACAUUCGUCGCUUACUCCCUGCUGCCUGUGCGGACCGUCUUAGCUGUCGUUUUCGGUGUCCUGGUCGCCGCUUCCCAUUUCAUCGUAACUGCCACGUCUCUAACCGCCCUCAGACCGCGCGCCUGGAGUCCGCUGGUGGCAAACGCAGUGCUGCUGAUUGGUGUGAACCUGUCAGGUGUAUUCGUUCGAGUCCUGACGGAACGUGCCCAGAGGAAAGCCUUUCUACAAGCUAGGAGCUGCAUCCAGGAGCGCCUGCAGCUAGAGGACGAAAAUGAAAAACAGGAACGCCUCCUAAUGAGUCUGCUACCCCGAAACGUUGCCAUGGAGAUGAAGGAGGACUUCCUCAAACCACCAGAAAGAAUCUUCCACAAGAUCUACAUCCAACGCCAUGACAAUGUGAGUAUCCUGUUUGCAGACAUUGUUGGGUUUACCAGUUUGGCUUCCCAAUGCACAGCUCAGGAGCUGGUCAAAUUGUUGAACGAACUCUUCGGGAAGUUUGAUGAGCUUGCCACAGAGAACCACUGCAGAAGGAUAAAGAUCCUGGGCGACUGUUAUUACUGCGUGUCUGGUCUGACUCAGCCCAAAGCUGACCAUGCCCACUGCUGUGUGGAAAUGGGACUCGACAUGAUUGACACUAUCACAUCUGUUGCUGAGGCGACAGAAGUGGAUCUAAACAUGCGUGUGGGAUUGCACACGGGUCGUGUGUUGUGUGGAGUUCUGGGAUUGAGGAAGUGGCAGUAUGACGUUUGGUCAAAUGAUGUCACACUGGCCAACAUGAUGGAGGCAGGAGGACUCCCGGGAAAGGUUCAUAUCACCAAAGCCACUCUGGAAUGUCUCAAUGGAGAUUACGAAGUGGAACCAGGAUUUGGGCACGAGAGACACUCCUUCCUCAGCAAACACGCAAUUGAGACCUUUUUUAUUGUGCCUUCUCACAGACGCAAGAUUUUCCCUGGCUUGAUUCUGUCUGAUAUAAAGCCAGCAAAGAAGAUGAAGUUUAAGACGGUCUGCUACCUUCUCGUGCAGCUCAUGCACUGCAGAAAAAUGUUUAAGGCUGAGAUCCCUUUCUCCAACGUCAUGACCUGCGAGGACGACGAUAAGAGACGAGCUCUACGCACUGCAUCGGAGAAGCUACGCAAUCGCACGUCUUUCUCUGGAGUGGCUCAUAACUCACCCAGCACUCGCGUGAACCGCUACAUUGGGAGACUUAUUGAGGCUCGGCAGACUGAAUCAGAAACAGCAGAUCUCAAUUACAUCACUCUUACCUACAGGAGCAGAGAAAGAGAAAGAACGUAUCAGCAAUUGUAUGAUGAUGGCUUUAUCAGUGCUGUGGUGAUCUCUCUUCUCCUCACUUCACUCUUCGCUCUCGUCUAUUUUCUGAUUAUCCCUCAAGGUCUUGUGAUUGUCAUUUUACUGGUUAUUUGCAUCUGUUUUCAUAUGGUGAGCGCAAUGUAUCUUCAUAUCACUCAUCUGCAGUGCUCUCCAGACUGUCUUACUCUGCAGAUCAGGACAGUUCUGUGUGUCUUUCUGGUCCUUUUGACGUAUUCCGUGACCCAGGGCUGUGUGGUGGCUUGCAUGCCAUGGUCAUGGAAUGGCAACGCAAGCGCUUCGAUUCUCACAGUUGUCAUAGUGAACAGCACGACAGCGGACACAGGUGUGUGUAAAUACACCCCGUACCUGUUUUUAUCUUGCGUGAUGGCAUCGCUGUCCGUGGCUCUAUACCUUCGCGUGUCAUCACUACCCAAGAUUCUCUUGCUUCUCCUCCUUAAUGUCUUCCAUACCGUUGUCAUGGAGACCAGCGGCUACCGGCAGGCUGUGGGAGGAGGGUUCUUUCACACACAUGGGUAUGAUCCUGUUCUGGCAAUGCUCCUCUUCUCUGGUGCAAUGAUACUCCACUGCAGACAACAGGACCUCAAACUCAGACUUGACUACCUGUGGGCGACACAGGCUGAAGAGGAAAGACAUGAUAUGGAAAGAGUCAAACUGGACAAUAAGAGGAUUCUGUUCAACCUGCUCCCUGCCCACGUGGCCCAGCACUUUCUCCUGUCCAACCCACGCAACAUGGACCUGUACUAUCAGUCCUACUCUCAGGUGGGCGUCCUGUUCGCCUCCAUUCCUAACUUCAAUGACUUCUACAUUGAGCUGGAUGGAAACAACAUGGGUGUAGAGUGUUUGCGGCUUCUCAAUGAGAUCAUCGCAGACUUUGAUGCAUUGCUGGAUAAGGAAUGCUAUAAGGACAUUGAGAAGAUUAAAACCAUAGGCAGCACUUACAUGGCCGCAGUGGGCCUUGUUCCAACUACUGGAUCUAAGGCCAAGAAGUCCAUUUCUGAACAUUUAUGCACAGUGGCUGACUUUGCCAUAGAGAUGUUCAAAGUUCUGGAUGCGAUAAACUACCAGUCAUACAAUGAUUUUGUGCUUCGAGUAGGUAUUAAUGUAGGUCCAGUGGUUGCAGGAGUUAUUGGUGCUCGUAGGCCUCAGUAUGACAUCUGGGGGAACACAGUGAAUGUGGCUAGCAGGAUGGACAGCACUGGAGUACCAGGCAAAAUUCAGGUGACCGAAGAUGUCUUCCGCCUCCUCUCUGGCCGUUACCACUUCCUAUGCCGUGGUCAGGUCAGUGUGAAAGGCAAAGGUCAAAUGCUCACCUACUUCCUAGAGAGUUGGUCUCAUGAAGGGCCUCUCCAAUCCUGCUCCCAGAGCCUGGAGCACCAGGGAAGCCCAUGCAUCCAGACCAAGUUGAGCAACACCCCCGGUACGACCAGUUAUGGGGUCAAAGCACAGAAUGUUGGCCCUGUUCCCACUUCCUCUAACAACAGCAUCCUCUACCUGCCCUCCAUCUCUGUUGACGUAGAGAUGGAGGUUUGACUGAUAAGGAGGCACUUUCUAUGGCAGCCAACCUGUUAGUUCAUCAAGGAGGCGUGAGACAUGAAGGGAUGAUGGAGGGCACGGAUUAAAACAGAACACACCUGCAAGGAGCGAGACGCUUCCCUGAGAAAAAAGAAGUCGUUCCUGUCUGAAGGGUGACCGUGAUGUUUAUGAGAGAUAAACCGGACAUUUAAAUCUCUCGUGCAGAGAAUUAUCCUCCUCCCCACACACAUGCAAACAUAAUGAGCAGGUUUGUUUGUUUGUACGUAUGUGUGUGCAUGUGCAUGUGUUUGUGUGCGCGAGCGUUUGUUUUAAUGAGUCUUCCUAAGUCCUGCUAGAUAUCAGGGGUUCCUAAAGAGGAGCAUGUGUUUUACAGUAAUGGCAGCUUCACACCAACAAAGGAGCCACACACAGUUCUGUGUGUGUGUGUGUGUGUGUGUUUGUGUGUGUUCAUGCGUGCUUGUGUGUGUGUGUGUGUGUGUAAGAGAGAGAUGGUAGAAAAUGCCACAGCAAAACCGUUCAAAGCAUGUGCAUACAGUGGGGACCAAACGUAUAUCAUGUUAACAGCGCUGUAUUUUACAUUUGUCUUUGACUUGACUGGCAGAGAAAGUAUAUAUUUUCAUUUAUGAAACCAGUUAGUGCUCAAAGCAUGAGAAGGGGGAAAAAAUUCUCAUUGGUGUCCUGUUUAGUCGGCAGGAAGUUUAUAAAAACAUGAGGCAAUUCAAAGCUUGUAUUGUCUGAUGUACAGAAGACUGACUUUAUUGAUCGUAUCCUUCAGAUUAUUUAUUCUUGUUGCCUUUUUAAGUGAAUUAAGUGAGUGAACAGAAUGAUAUAGCAUAUCCAUAGGCUAAAACUUUGUAAAUAUAGUCCUGUUAUUAUCAACACUACGAUAAACAGUGGGCUCCAACAAUUAGUAAAGUAAAACUGCUCAUGCAACACACUGGUGCUUUGAGUAGGAACAUUCUUGACGUCAAUGCACAUUUCCUGCUGCUCUUUGACCUUCUAAUAUGACGGAGUUGCCGUGUCUGACACAAACACAAAUAUAGAUUACGCUUUUGUCUUAAAUCUACGACUAGCACACGCCGUGUGUUCCCAACACUGCUUGCGAAAUCGACAUUUGAAGCAGUGGCUUUGCUGUUUAUAAGGAAUACAAUGUACUAAAUCAGCGGCAAAAAACUUAAGUGUCCACUGGGAAUAACGAGCAGCUUUUUAUAAGAUUGAAAGUAGCUCACGUGGCUUGUUCUUAUUUGUGGAAACCGUUGUGAUAUUUGUGCUAUUCAGAGUUUCUAAGUAGGCUAACACUCAGCUGGAUCCUGCUACCAUUAGAGGGCAAGGGGAUUUAGCUUUGUGCUUGCACGAAAAAAUAGUGUGUAUUCGAUUUAAACAGCACAGUCAGCUGGCAGUCGCUGUAACACAUGCUCAGAGUCUGCGGCUCUUCAUGCACUCAGAGUAUAAAAAGGGCCUUUUGGUUUUGUGGUCAAAAAGUGUAUUUGAUCUGAUCAGUUAGUCUCUCAUUUUUAUUUUAUAGUUUUACAUUUCUUGGUGAACUGCUACUUUAACUUUGAUAUUUCUCCAAAUAUGCCUAUGGAAUGAAUUUGGCUUCAAGCUUGCCGUUUUGCAUGUCCCUCUUUUCGCAUGCCACAGUUCUACCUUGUCUUGUUCUUUUUGCUACAGUAAGUGCAAUGUGACUCUAAUGCAUGACUAAUGCAAAAAAAAAAAAAAAAAACCUGAACAAUAAGGGUGACAUGUGUUAUGGGUAAUAUUUAGAACCGAUUUUUAGUUGCGUUGCAUGAAUGUAGAAGAAUGGCCUUUUGUUCAUUUUUGCUUUUUUUCUUUCUUCAUGCAUGGUGCUGUAAGUGUUGGAGAAAGCUUGGGAGUUUUGUAGCAAUGCUGCCUUUUUUUGGCUCUUGAGAUGACUGCCUUCUAUCCAGGGGUUGUUGGUUUGGGUAUAUUCCUUUGUGCCAACACAUUUUGUUACCAACAUAUCAAUUCCAGUGUUCUAUUGUAGCACAAUUUUGUGAUAUCGUGUUUAAUUCAACUUUAUAAAAACAAUAUAGAAUUUUAUAUGCACUGGAUCCAUCAAGGGUACAGUUUUGGCUUAAUGUCAAACUUUUGGGGUUGGAUGUUUCAGUGUUGGGUGUCUUGGUGCCUGGGUUUUGGAGAAGUAUAUUUUCUUGAAUAUCCAUAAGUCCUUAGUAAAACAAAGCUACCUAUUUCCUAGCUACCUAGUGACAUAAAAUGAAGCUUUUUAAGCUGAUAAUUAGACACAAAAUUACUCUUUAAGCAUCGUUGCACUUUUUAGGGCCAACAAAAUGUGUUUACCCUAAAAAACUAUAUUAUAAAAAUAUAACAACUGAGAUACUUAUUCUUUCUAUACAAUAAAAAUAUGUGAACACCAUUAUAGUAAAAGCCAAACUCUUUACUUUACUUUACUCUGAAUAUGCCUAGAUCAGAGGUUAUGAUCAAACAAAUGUAGCCACAUGAAUAAGUAUCUAUUUUCUAUAUACUGAGUACAGUGGCCUAAUAUAUCACCAUUCUAAACAAUAUGUUAUAAUGUUCACAGUAAAUACACUAGAUUUUCAUGUUAAUUAGAUAUUUUCAUAUAUGAUACGGGUUUAAAAUAUAACACGUAUGGAAUUUAAUGCAGAGUAAACUGAAAGUAUUUUACUUAUAACCAUAAAUAUAUGUGCUAUUUUUGGGGGUUGCAAUGUAUUGAUUGCAAUGUUCAUAUAUGUGAAUGUACAUUUCAUAUUGAGAUCUUUUAUACUUGUGUUUGCACUGUUCUGGAAUAAAAUGACAAUGAGAGACAGAGCUGGAGUUGACAAACUGUUUCAGUAUUCGUGUAUGUCACAUGUCAUUGUGUUAUUGCACCCUGUUUAUGUGCCCUUGAGGCAGUUGUUCGAGAUUGUGAAGGUGACCCUUGGACCUCAGGAAAAACAUAUUGAGCAAAACAAGUGUCAAUUACUGUCCCUGACUUUUAUGACUACAUCAAGCAAAGCCACAAAACGUGUAUGAGGUAUGUU